CAUCUCAUUAGUAAUAGAUAGUUAUCAUAUUCUGCUACUGGUGGAAGGCUCGAAGCACCAGUAGCCCAGUAGUGGUCUGGUAACAGUGGUGGUGGGCUGUACUGUACAGUCUUGCUACACACAAACACACACACUCUUAUUUAUCUCAAAUAUUCGUAAACACUCUUAAACACCCCAAAACACCUCCAGAACCUACCUAAAUAUACCCAAACACACACACACCCAAGUGCAGUGUUGCUAUAUUCCCUGCAGUGUUUAGCAGCAAGAAGCAAGCACCACAACCCUCCACACUGCCUCAAGAUCACUUAUUUAAGGCUCAGACGUGUAGAUGGAACCAAUACAAGGAAGAAGAAGGAGAAACAAAGGAGGAGAAUGAUGAAGAAAUGAGAAAUAGGAGAGGAAUAGGAGAAGAAAUCAAGGUGUAACAUUUAGGUCAUCUUGAGCAACAACAGCAGUAGUACACACAAUAACUACGUCUUCCUAUUUAACUUCAAAUGGCCCCGUCUUACAGCACCGCCCUUCAGCCCCCGACCCCAGCCCCAAAAGUGAACGAGAAAGAUGAUCUCCAUGAGCUGCGCAACAAUGGCUUCUGGGCAGCAGUGAUCACCAUUGGCAGCUAUGCAUAUGGUGAAUACUUCAUUGCAAGCCAAAUGCAACCUGACAUCCGCCAGGAGUCAUGGAUAAUGAUGCGCUCCGCAGUUCCCCAUCUCAUCUUUUCUCUACUCUAUGUGGCUGGUGUCACCUGGUGGGGCCCACAGUACAUGAGUACCAGGAAGCCUGUCUCUGGGCUUAGGCCCUACAUGAUGGCCUACAAUGCCUUCCAGGUUGUCUUCUCAGCCUAUAUGUUCAUAGAGGGUGGACUAUCAGGCUGGUUUAACACCUACUCUUGGUUAUGCCAGCCUUGUGACUACUCCAACAACCUGCAAGCCAUCAGGAUGAUGCACAUUGGCUUCUGGUAUCACUUUUCAAAGUACAUUGACUUUAUGGACACAGUAUUCUUUGUUCUGAAUAAAAAGAAUCAGCACAUCUCACUGCUGCACAUGGCUCACCACGGCCUCAUGCCCAUCAGCACCUGGUACGGCAUCCGCUACCACCCAGGUGGUCAUAACACAUUCUUUGGUUUCCUGAAUGCCUUUGUGCACACUGUGAUGUAUCUGUACUACCUGCUGGCAGCCAUGGGGCCCAAUAUGAGGCCCUUCUUGUGGUGGAAGAAGUACCUCACCACUCUUCAGAUGAUACAGUUCACAGCUGUUUUCAUCCAUGCAAUGAUACCGACUGUGAAGGAGUGUGAUGUACCACCUGCACUGAUUGGUUGGGUUGGCAGUAUUGCAGUCUUAUUCACAAUCCUUUUUGCUGACUUUUAUAUCAAGGAGUACAAGAAGAAAAAUAUCAAUAACGUCAAGAUAAAGAGAGAUAAUGAUGCCAGUUAUUCGUCUCCCAACAACUGUGCCAUAGACCAGAAAAGCAUGAUCACCACCACCACCACCAUGUCUCAUGAUUCUCAUUUUACCAAUGGCAUCACACGGAGAGUCACAUGUGCCACUGUUUCCAAUGGUAUGAUGGCACAUUAAACUGAUCUGAUCAGUUGCUCUACUAACCUUCCACAAGGACAAAAAUGUUAGGCUUUUCAUUUGAUUUCUCUCUGAGUACUAUGAUUUCAGGUUGUGUUAUAAUCUUUCAUCUAUACUGAAUCAUAUAAAUACUCAUGCUUUCCCUCAACUCCUUUGCUCUCUCUCUCUCUCUCUCUCUCUCUCUCUCUCUCUCUCUCUCUCUCUCUCUCUCUCUCUCUCUCUCUCUCUCUCUCUCUCUCUCUACAAAGUUACAAACUUAGUUUAACUCAUCUGGUGUAUAUAUAGGCAGUGACCAAUCUACAGCCUAAGCAAGUCCAUUAUUGGGCUCUUAUUCUCUGGAUAUAGUUUAGUAAGCACUAUACAUCCCAUUUUCAUCUUUAUGCCUGCUCCCACUUGAAAUGGGAUUCAAUAUGGAUUAGCUUAUUCAGUCAAGAUGUAAAUACAUUAUGUACACUGCUGUAUAAGUAUCAGUUAUAGAGAAAUUGCUAUUCACAUUCAUCUAGAUUUCACAAAAAGAACUACUGUAAUAAAAUCUACAUAUGAAA